AUGAUCCGUCAGCUAACAUCGACCGGGACGUCGUCAGUGACAUCAGGUAUGGGGCACCCGAUCCGGACAACAGAUAGCCACAUCGCCGCCCACAUCACCAGGGUCCCGAUCGGGUGGACCAUGUACCAAGUAAUUCCCAGCCCCCAGGACUCUACCGCCGGAGAGGUGAUUCAGGUGCCAGGCGUUCGGUCACAGUGCGAGGACUUGCAAAGCACAGGACAGGACCGGCGCCUGCUGGAAGUGCGGUACUACACUCUAUGA